ACAAACAAAGGCCCAUUUCUGGCCCAGCUCACAAGCGUCCUCAUCACUACUCUCUCUCUCUCUCUCUCUCUCUCUCUAUCUCUCUCUCCGACUCCCUCUUGUUUUCACUUGCUGUUUUCUUUUUUGUUGCUCUUCCUAGAAAAGUUUCUCCCUGUAAAUUCAUGUCGGACAAGGGUCAACCAUUGCCAAAAUUUGGGGAAUGGGAUGUCAAUGAUCCUGCUUCGGCUGAGGGAUUUACUGUGAUUUUUAAUAAGGCUAGGGAUGAAAAGAAGACCGGUGGGAACCCAGAGUCACCAGGAAAGGUUGAUUCUCAAAGUAAGCCUGCAGUGGAUGUUGGCAAGCCUCAGGCUAAAAAAUGGUUUUGCUGCCUUCAAGACCCACCUACACACUCCUGAUAAGUUCCUUACUUCGUAAGAGCUUCAACAUAAGAGCAUGUUUUUCUGUAAGGCCAUAUUGCCCGAAGAAGAUGGGAACUGUAGAGCCAUGAUGGCCCUGUUGGAAUUUAGCGUGUGCUGUAAAACAAUUUAUGGUGAGAAAAUAGGUGAAGAAGACGAACACUUAUUGUAACUUAUAUGUAUUGAUGUUGCGGUUUAUUUAUAAGAAACCCAGAUAUUUCUUUC